AUUUUUACUUUGUACAUUUAAAUAAUUAAGUUUGAACAGUCAAUGCUCUAUAUGAUUUUUUCUUAUUAUUAUCAGAAUUCCAGAUCCACAUCUCCAUGACAACCUGGGAUCAGAUUUCAGGUUGUUUGCUGCAUGUUUCCAUGGUCACCAGUGUUUGCAUUAGUUACGCCGGACUGUGUGUGUGUGGUGUGUUGGUGAAACCACUCAGUGGAUUCAACAUCUGAAACUGUGUGAAAAUGGUAAAAGGUGGAAAGCGAUAUUCUUCAAUGAGCAAUGAUGGCAAAUGGUUUGCUCAUCCAGUUUCACCAGAAAAUGAGCUAAAGACUCGGGAGACUUGUACAAGCACUGGGAUCAUGCUGACUCAGGUUAAGUCCUCGUUGCCUCAGGCUUUCAACUUUGAGCGCUAUCCUAAAUGGAAAACUCAGCAGAAAUCCAGAGAGUAUCCAUUCUCUGCUCAUGACAGCAAGCACGUCUUAAAGGACGACAUCUCUGUCUUCUCUCAAGGUGUAGGACUGGGACUGAAGAAAUGUCUUGAUGAUCGCAAUCAGCAACUCUCCCACUUCUGUCUGUGCCAUGUUGGAGCCAACAGCAGCCAUGAAGACACCAGUGGGAACCUCUCGGCCUACCAGGCUGACUUCACAGGAAAGGCGGUUGUUAAUGUCCCAACUAGAGCCAGGCAAUUCCCCCGCAAUCACUUCCAGAAGUCUGCAGAGGCUGCUUUGGCCCAAGCAGGGAAGCAGUCCCUGUGGUUCGGACAAGUCGACUCUGACCCAUCAGAAACCCCGAAAGUCCUGACACGUUCCAACUGCUCAGCACCUUCCACACCCCAAGAUGCUCCUAGAGUUGUUGAGAGAACACAGCACAGAGAUAAAUGAAUAAAGAGCUGAUGUAAAAGUA